CGGUUGAGCUCGAGGUGGCAGUGGUGGACUGUAAACUGUCAGUGAGGUUAAGAAAACACUUCUGUUGUGGUUAUGGGAGACUGAGUAUUGAUUCAUGUCGAUAGUUUAAACGUUAAGCUGAACCCUGGAAGAAGCAGCGUCGGUUAGAGUGACCAGAGCCAAGGCGCGUGAACUUUAGCUGUCACAGUCAGCGGCGCGUGAAGGAGCCGUUAAACCAUCAUCAGGAAGAAGAAGACGCGUCACCGCCCGCUCGGAGCUCUCUCUCUCUCGGCAGGGGACGACAGAACACGGUCCGCGGCCAUGGCUGCCCUCGGUAACUCGGGGACUGUUACGUCCAGUCCGAUGGUGGUUCUGGCGCCCAAGACGAAGACGAAGAAGAAGCACUUUGUUCAGCAGAAGGUGAAGGUGUUUCGAGCCAGCGAGCCCGUCGUGAGCGUGUUCAUCUGGGGCGUGAAUCACUCGGUCAAUGAUCUCAGCCAGGUUCCUGUUCCUGUCAUGCUCCUGCCUGAUGACUUCAAAGCCAACACUAAGGUCAAAGUCAACAACCACUUCUUCAACAAAGAAAACCUUCCUGGACAUUUUAAGUUUAAAGAAUACUGUCCUCAGGUCUUUCGAAAUCUAAGAGAACGUUUUGGUAUCGAGGAUCUGGACUAUCAGGUGUCUUUAACCCGCAGCCCCCCGGUGAGAAGUGCAGAUGAUCAGGGAGAGAGUCUCCUCCUCAACUCCUACGACCGAACUCUUGUCAUCAAGCAGAUCUCCAGCGAAGACGUUGCAGACAUGCACAACAUUCUGUCAGAGUAUCACCAGCACAUCGUGAAGUGCCACGGCAGCACGCUGCUGCCCCAGUUCCUGGGAAUGUACCGGGUGAGCGUCGACAGCGAGGAGGCAUACCUCAUCGUCAUGAGAAACAUGUUCAGCCACAGACUGGUGGUGCACAGGAAGUACGACCUGAAGGGCUCUCUGGUUGAUCGUGAAGCAAGUGACAAAGAAAGGGAAAAAGAGCUUCCAACCUUUAAGGACAUGGACUUCAGGAACAACAUGCAGAAGGUUUACGUUACAGACGAGGAGAAGGAGAAGUUCAUGGAGAAACUCAACAGAGAUGUUGAGUUCCUGGUGAAGCUGAAGAUCAUGGACUACAGCCUGUUGCUCGGCAUCCAUGACAUCGGCCGAGCCGAGCGGGAGGAGGAGGAGAGCGGGGAGGUGUCCAACGAGGAGGAAGCCGAGUCGGAGAACGGGCUGGCUCCGGGCCCCGCCGCAGGUUCCUACGGAACGUCUCCUGAAGGGAUCGCUGGUUACAUGUCGUCCUGCAAGCCUCUGGGGCCGGGCGAGUUCGACCCCUACGUGGAUGUUUACGCCCUCCAGAGCUGCCCAGGCGCUCCGCAGAGGGAGGUCUAUUUCAUGGGCCUGAUAGACGUUCUCACACAAUACGACACCAAGAAGAAAGCCGCUCACGCUGCAAAAACGGUCAAGCACGGGGCCGGGGCUGAAAUCUCCACGGUCCAUCCUGAGCAGUACGCCAAACGCUUUCGGGACUUCAUCUCGAAGAUUUUCGCUUAAGCCUCCGUCUGCGGACGCUGCCAGAAGUCAUUCCAGCCUUCAACUGUAGAUCAACACUAGUAUGCACACAUGGAUCAAUAUGUAAAUUAGGUGACAAGUCAAAACUUGUAGCAUUAUGAUGCAUAUAUUUAUUUUGAAGAUAUAUAUAUAUAUUUCUUUAGGUAUUGAACACUGUUGGGAACAGUAGUGUGUGUGGGGAAUGGGAGCAUUUUUGAUCAUGAACUUAUGGAGGUUUGAUUUAUUUUGUUUUGGGGUUUUUUUCCAUUUUGGUUUUCAAACAUUAAACUACCGUAUUUUCCGGACUAUAGAGCGUACCUUAGUAUGAGCCAAAGUUAUUUUAAAAAAUUAAAAACUGAAAACGUACUUAUUGUAAGCCGUACUGGGCUAUAAGCUGCUGGUAGUCAUUGGAGACGCAGGGCUCCAAUGACUACCAGCGGAGCAGGUAGCCAUUGCAGUGGCUCCAUUUCCCUCCUGUCCUGCCAGAUCGAUCGCCCUCAACUUAACAGCUGCAUCAUAUGAACGUCUUUGUGUGGGUUCCAUGAUGAGGGGGUAUGAGUUUGAAAAAAUGUCUCUGUCGUGUCUGCUGCUAGCAUGUGCUUGUUCUAAAUGAAAAUUAGCGAUUUCUUCUUUGAUUUCUAAUUUUGACUUCCAAUGAUUCACUUCCUUCAACCCCUGGUGGUUGAAGAAAUGUCCACAGAAAAGCCGCACGGGGCUACAAACCACAUGGUUCAAAACAUGGAAAAAAGUAGUGGCUUAUAGUCUGAAAAAUACGGUAAAUAAAUGAAGUUAUGAUAAAUAGUCAAUGCACAAUGAAUAUUUACAUUAGGUUUUUAAAAAAAGAACAGCUCUGGUUUGGAGAGUCUGGUUGGAUGUUCUCUUUUGCUUCGUGUCCACUGAGUGGUUCGGUGAUAAUAUCCAAAAUAUCAAUACUAUUGAUCCUAAAUUAGUAUCUGAUUUGGGAAGUUAUGAUAGAAUAAUACCUUUUGGAUUAGGGAAACCUGGCAAUCAAGAUUUGAAUUGCAAGACUUGCAAUCCAAAGUUCCAGGAUGUUUGGUUUUAUCACUGUAUUCACUGUACAAUGGCUGUUGAAAAAGACAAGAUUGUUUACUUAUCCAGAAGCCACUUGUUGCAUUCUUGUUGGUUGUACAGGAGGCUCCACCUCUGCUUUUCAAAGAUUUACAGUUGUAUGACUGCAUCUGUUUGCAGCCAUUUUCAGCUCAUUCUGACUAAAAUGAUUUUGUGGAAAAAAAAAAUGCAAUGUAACAUGUUCUGUGAUCCAUCCUAGCCUGUUUAACAAAGCAUAAUACAACUGUGGAAUGAUUUAAUUCAAUUCUCAUUUACAACAGAUAACAGACGAACUGCUCAGUGGAAACGAAGCCCUACGUUGUGUGAAGUACGAUCAAUCGCUUGUGGUUGAAUCUUGAAGGAUUUCUGACAGCUGAGCCAAACAUGAAGUUUAAAGACAGAAGCACAAGAGCGUCUUUGUUCCCAGUAAUGUCUCAAAGCUCCAAUCUCAGCAUAUUUUAACUGAAAACAGACGCCAAAACAAAAAUAACCUGUAAGAGUCAAAGAUACUCGGAACUGGUUAAUUAUGGACAGAGCUGAGCUGUUUGAAGCUUCCAGUCUUUAUGCUAAACUAAACAUUAAUGAUUAGUUUGUGGAAACACAAGCAGUUUUCCAGAAUUAUUACCUAAAUCUUUAAAUGAGUAAUAUACUUGUUAUUUAGAAUAAAGCAUCUCUUAGUAAACAUUCAUCCAUAGAAGCUAGUAUUUGUAGUUCUUAGUGCCAAAAGCUUCAUCACAGCAGAUUUUCACAUUUUGCCAAUUAAUCUGCCCUUUUUUUCUUUUGUUUUAAGGGGGGUUGUAUUUUUUAGCUAAAUUUGUAGCAUAUUGUCAGAGAUUGACGGAAACUAAGCAAUCAUAUCUCAGCCUGUGAACAUGUCUUCCAGUUGUUUCAGCGUCUGAACUAAUGAGGAGCUCGUUUGUGAGGAGACUGGUCCAGUUUCUGGGCUGCCGAUUCUCCAUCCUGGUUCUGAUUGAACAGUGUGGUGGUUUGUGCGUUUAAGUGGCAAAUGUGUUUUAUUAUUCUGAUUUAAGGUUAAAAUUAGGUGAUAACUUUCUAGGGUCACACUACAUUUUAUCAGCUUGGCCUUAACACAGUGAGGUUUUUGAGCUUUCCUGACAGCAGGUGAGGCAGAAUGAAUGCAGAUACUUCGUCUGUACGAUGCCUCGUCAAAACGUUAGCUGCACAUGAUGUAUUUUUUGCAAAUUAGCUCUUGGACCAAAUUAUAUUUUACAAAGAUUGGAACGUAUUUCCCUGGAAAACGUGUGCGAGCGCUUGAUGACCGGUGAAAAUGAGUUCUGGAUCUGCUGGUGGGUUUUAGAGUGAAUCGACUUCGUGUGACACUUUCCUCUUAGAAAUACCUCAAGUUUUUAAAUGUCCAGAGGAACGUUGUUGAUUUUUGUUGUAGUUGUAAAACGUUUCCUCUGACAUCGUUCCUUUUAUCCAAUGAAUCAUCUGUUCAACAUAAUUUUCACUUCUUCCUUUUUUGUUUGGAUAAUGUGUUUUUCAUGUACUUUGUAAGCUAAAGUAAAAGUGUGCAAGUGUCAGCUUUUACAUGUAAGAAAAUUAUUUUUAGGGGGAAACGUAUAAAACAUGUAAACUUUGUUUUUGCUUUUAUUUUGACACUAAAAACUGUCAGUUUUGUGUGAAGCAAAUAGUGAUUUUAUUUUAUUUUUGUCUUUGAAUUUAAGGUGAAAUAAACAUUUUGUUCUGA